AUGUCAGGAAGAGGAACUGUUCCUUCCAGGCAAGACAAGCCGCAUCCACACUCUACUUUCACCGACCCUACCGGCAAGUAUCUGUUGAGCGCUGAUCUCGGUGCGGAUCUAGUUCGCAUCUUCAGCAUUGAUGCAAGCACUGGAAACCUCAAGCAGUGCACCAACGCGCAGGCUGGAGCUGGAGAUGGACCUCGCCACGGGGCUUGGUACACAUUGCCGUCAGGAGGAAGUAUGCUUUAUCUUGUCAAUGAGCUGGCCAACUCUGUUACUGCGUGGCAGGUCACCUAUCCUGCAGACGGCUGUCUUACGCUCAAGAAGACACAAUCUCUGUCAACCUAUCCGGCUGGGAAAUCUGCCCCUGCUGGUUCCAAAGCUGCUGAGGUUCACGUUUCCGGCAACUUCCUGUAUGCUGCGAACCGGAACGACCAGUCCUUUGGCUCUCAGAAGGACUCGAUGGCGACUUAUUCGAUUGAUCCAUCAACUGGUGCCAUCGCUUUUGUUGAAGCGACUAAUGCAUACUCCUGGUUCCCCCGGACCUUUGCUAUCAAUAAGGCGGGUGACAUGGUUGCCAUCGGUGGUCAAACCUCGUCUAAUGUUGCCAUUGUGGCCAGGAAUACAACAUCUGGUCGGCUAGGUAGCCUGAUUGCGAGCCUCUCGAUCGCAACUCCCGGCACUGUCAAUAAUGAGGACGGCUUGAGUGCCGUUGUUUGGGAUGAGUAG